AUGGAUUAUUUCAUUCAAUUCUUGACCUUUAUCAUACUACCAUUGAUUCUUUAUUUUGUUCUCAUCGCUCUAUUUCAACGCUACCGUCCGAAACGUCUCUAUACUUGUUCAAUUGAUUCACUUGAGAGCUAUACCACUCUUCUACCUGAUGAUUAUCACACGAAAUUACAAGAAUCAGACAGUAUUGAUAAUGGUUACAUAUACCCGAGCGAUCCUACUGUUGUGCUUCAACAACUACGUCGAGUAGUCGCCAUGUUACAUUCUCAAAAGGCAUUAGCGUCAUUAGAUCCAUAUAAUUUGAUCGUUCUUCAUGAACGUUUAUCUUACACAAAUAGUAACGACGUUGUCAAUUGGUUUACAGUUCAAUUUAAUUUAUUUACUGGCUCUAUCGCAGCACUGGGCACCGAGAAACAUUCAGCACUAGUCCAAGAUGCGCGAGAAUUAAAGAAAUUAGGAUGUUUUGCAUUAACAGAAAAAAGCGCUGGAGUCUUAUCAGGUUUAUUAUGCGACACGAUUGCUUACUACAGUCCAGACACAAAGAAAAUCAUUGUUCAUACACCAAAUGAUGGCGCCAAAAAACGAUGGAUUUCAUAUGCUGGCAAUCCUGAAAUUGAAUAUGCAGUUGUACUUGCCAAAUGGGCACAAGCUAACGACGUUAAGAGUAAGAAGCCCGUCGCUGUAACGACUAGUAUCGGUGAACUGUUUCUCACGCCACAUGUUGUCGCAAUAGUGGUCCAAAUACGUAAUAACGGUGUUGUUCUACCUGGCCUAUCAAUUGAAUCAUGUCCUGCUCGUGCUGAUUUCCGCUCAAAUUGUUUCGGUACCCUUACAUUUACUGAUUUUAGUACUGCGCCUGAGAAUCUUCUCGAUCGGUAUUGUUCAUUAGAUCUGACUACAGGAAAUCUUCAAGUUUCAGAAAAAUAUCCAAAACUAUUCUUUAAAUUAUCUAAUCGCUUAUUAGUUGGUCGACUUUGUCUAUCAGCCACUGCACUUGUCUGCGCCAAAUCGAUGCUUCAACAUGUGAUAACCAAAGUUUAUAAUAGUAAGCGAGUCCAAUUCUCCUAUAUUACUGAUCACAUAGAAACCAUGAUACAACAAGUGUGUGAAAUGGAUUGUUAUUUUCGUCGAGUUAUCAAACACUUUCAACUCGACUCAUCGACUUCGAUAACAAACAUCGAAGAAGUUUUAGAGAACAAUAUCGAUCGAAUUCUUUUAAUUAAAGCUUAUAUACCACCAUUGUGUCGCUCAAUUGUUGGUAAAUGCCGUGAAUUAUACGGUGGAGAUUCUUUAUUAGCUCAUACUCGUAUGGCAGAGAGCCAUGCUGGUUGUUAUGCAAGCUGUUUAGCUGAAGGUGAUUCAGUAAUCAUGGCAUUGGCUUAUGUUGGUCAAUGUAUGCGCAAAUAUAAGCAUAUUUCAAUUCACAACUGGCGAUUACUGUGGUUUAUGACGAAGAUCUUAUUAACUGUACCUGAACAUAAGCGAAUUAGUUACAUUAACUCGCAUCAAACUGAAAUGAUCGCAGUAUUUCAACAAAUUUCUGAUGCAAUCUUUCAAAAUCAAAACAUUCGAUCAAAUUUACAAAGCAUUGUGACGCCAUCAUUUAAAAACGCUUAG